AUGGAAAACACCAAAUUGGGUGUGGCCGUGAGGCUGGUGAAUGGAGGUGACAGGUGUCAGGGCCGCGUGGAGGUCCUGUAUCAAGGCUCCUGGGGCACCGUGUGUGACGACGGCUGGGACACCAAUGAUGCCAAUGUGGUCUGCAGGCAGCUGGGCUGUGGCUGGGCCUUGUCGGCCUCAGGAAGUGCCCAGUUUGGUCAGGGCUCAGGGCCGAUUGUCCUGGAUAACGUGCGCUGCUCAGGAAAUGAGACCCACCUGUGGAGCUGCCCCCACAAUGGCUGGAACUCCCACAACUGUGGACACAGCGAGGACGCCAGUGCCAUCUGCUCAGGUGGGUCUCACAUAAUCUGUCCUCAGGACGUCUUCCUUCACGAGACACAGGGGAGUGACUUUUCCUGUCUCUUUCCAGAAACCAAAUCGGGUGUGGCUGUGAGGUUGGUGAAUGGAGGUGACAGGUGCCAGGGCCGAGUGGAGGUCCUGUACCAAGGCUCCUGGGGCACCGUGUGUGACGACGACUGGGACACCAAUGAUGCCAAUGUGGCCUGUGGGCAGCUGGACUGUGGCUGGGCCUUGUCGGCCCCAGGAAGUGCCCAUUUUGGUCUGGGCUCAGGGCCGAUUGUCCUGGAUAACGUGCGCUGCUCAGGAAAUGAGACCCACCUGUGGAGCUGCCCCCACAAUGGCUGGAACUCCCACAACUGUGGACACGGCGAGGACGCCAGUGCCAUCUGCUCAGAAACCAAAUUGGGUUUGGCUGUGAGCCUGGUGAAUGGAGGUGACAGGUGCCAGGGCCGGGUGGAGGUCCUGUACCAAGGCUCCUGGGGCACCGUGUGUGACGAUGACUGGGACACCAAUGAUGCCAAUGUGGUCUGCAGGCAGCUGGGUUGUGGCUGGGCCUUGUCGGCCCCAGGAAGUGCCCAUUUUGGUCAGGGCUCAAGGCCGAUUGUCCUGGAUAACGUGCGCUGCUCAGGAAACGAGACCCACCUGUGGAGCUGCCCCCACAAUGGCUGGAACUCCCACAACUGUGGAUACGGCGAGGACGCCAGUGCCAUCUGCUCAGAAACCAAAUCGGGUGUGGCCGUGAGGUUGGUGAAUGGAGGUGACAGGUGUCAGGGCCGGGUGGAGGUCCUGUACCAAGGCUCCUGGGGCACCGUGUGUGACGACGACUGGGACACAAAUGAUGCCAAUGUGGCCUGUGGGCAGCUGGGCUGUGGCUGGGCCUUGUCGGCCCCAGGAAGUGCCCGGUUUGGUCAGGGCUCAGGGCCGAUUGUCCUGGAUAACGUGCGCUGCUCAGGAAAUGAGACCCACCUGUGGAGCUGCCCCCACAAUGGCUGGAACUCCCACAACUGUGGACACGGCGAGGACGCCAGUGCCAUCUGCUCAGAAACCAAAUCGGGUGUGGCUGUGAGGCUGGUGAAUGGAGGUGACAGGUGCCAGGGCCGGGUGGAGGUCCUGUACCAAGGCUCCUGGGGCACCGUGUGUGAUGAUGACUGGGACACCAAUGAUGCUAAUGUGGCCUGCAGGCAGCUGGGUUGUGGCUGGGCCUUGUCGGCCCCAGGAAGUGCCCGGUUUGGUCAGGGCUCAGGGCCCAUUGUCCUGGAUCAUGUGCGCUGCUCAGGAAAUGAGACCCACCUGUGGAGCUGCCCCCACAAUGGCUGGAACUCCCACAACUGUGGACACGGCGAGGACGCCAGUGCCAUCUGCUCAGAAGGAUUCUGAAUCUCAGUCCGUCCUCAGGACGUCUUCCUUCAGGAGACCCAGGGGAGUGACCUUUCCUGUCUCUUUCCAGAAACCAAAUCGAGUUUGGCCGUGAGGCUGGUGAAUGGAGGUGGUAGGUGCCAGGGCCGGGUGGAGGUCCUGUACCAAGGCUCCUGGGGCACCGUGUGUGACGACGACUGGGACAUCAGUGAUGCCAACGUGUUCUGUAGGCAGCUGGGCUGUGGCCCGGCCUUGUCGGCCCCAGGAAGUGCCCGGUUUGGCCAGGGCUCAGGGCCGAUUGUCCUGGAUAACGUGCGCUGCUCAGGAAACGAGACCUACCUGUGGAGCUGCCCCCACAAUGGCUGGAACUCCCACGACUGUGGACAUGGAGAGGACGCCAGUGCCAUCUGCUCAGUCUUUCCCUGGAAGGAUUCUGAAUCUCAGUCCGUUCUCAGGACGUCUUCCUUCAGGACACGGGGGAGUGACUUUUCCUGUCUCUUUCCAGAAACCAAAUCAGAUUUGGCUUUGAGGCUGGUGAAUGGAGGUGACAGGUGCCAGGGCCGGGUGGAGGUCCUGUACCAAGGCUCCUGGGGCACCGUGUGUGACGAUGACUGGGACAUCAACGCUGCCAAUGUGGUCUGCAGGCAGCUGGGCUGUGGCUGGGCCUUGUCGGCCCCAGGAAGUGCCCGGUUUGGUCAGGGCUCAGGGCCGAUUGUCCUGGAUAACAUGCGCUGCUCAGGAAACGAGACCUACCUGUGGAGCUGCCCCCACAAUGGCUGGAACUCCCACAACUGUGGACACGGCGCGGACGCCAGUGCCAUCUGCUCAGGUGGGUCUCACAUAAGCAGGCCCCCACCUCCUCCGUGGGUGACAACCUUGAUUCUUGACUUUUCCUGUCUCUUUCCAGAAAUCAAAUCGGGUUUGGCCGUGAGGCUGGUGAAUGGAGGUGGUAGGUGCCAGGGCCUGGUGGAGGUCCUGUACCAAGGCUCCUGGGGCACCGUGUGUGACGACGACUGGGACACAAAUGAUGCCAACGUGGUCUGCAGGCAGCUGGGCUGUGGCUGGGCCUUGUCGGCCCCAGGAAGUGCCCGGUUUGGUCAGGGCUCAGGGCCGAUUGUCCUGGAUAACGUGCGCUGCUCAGGAAACGAGACCCACCUGUGGAGCUGCCCCCACAAUGGCUGGAACUCCCACAACUGUGGACACGGCGAGGACGCCAGUGUCAUCUGCUCAGCUUCUCGCUCGACACCCCCUCCUGUGACACCCACAUGGCUCUCCUCUUCUGCUUCAACACAGGGGAGUGACUUUUCCUGUCUCUUUCCAGACACCAAAUUGGGUGUGGCCGUGAGGCUGGUGAAUGGAGGUGACAGGUGCCAGGGCCGGGUGGAGGUCCUGUACCAAGGCUCCUGGGGCACCGUGUGUGACGACGGCUGGGACACCAAUGAUGCCAAUGUGGUCUGCAGGCAGCUGGGCUGUGGCUGGGCCUUGUCGGCCCCAGGAAGUGCCCAUUUUGGUCAGGGCUCAGGGCCAAUUGUCCUGGAUAACGUGCGCUGCUCAGGAAACGAGACCCACCUGUGGAGCUGCCCCCACAAUGGCUGGAACUCCCACAACUGUGGACACGGCGAGGACGCCAGUGCCAUCUGCUCAGGUGGGUCUCACAUAAUCUGUCCUCAGGACGUCUUCCUUCACGAGACACAGGGGAGUGACUUUUCCUGUCUCUUUCCAGAAACCAAAUCGGGUGUGGCUGUGAGGUUGGUGAAUGGAGGUGACAGGUGCCAGGGCCGAGUGGAGGUCCUGUACCAAGGCUCCUGGGGCACCGUGUGUGACGACGACUGGGACACCAAUGAUGCCAAUGUGGCCUGUGGGCAGCUGGACUGUGGCUGGGCCUUGUCGGCCCCAGGAAGUGCCCAUUUUGGUCUGGGCUCAGGGCCGAUUGUCCUGGAUAACGUGCGCUGCUCAGGAAAUGAGACCCACCUGUGGAGCUGCCCCCACAAUGGCUGGAACUCCCACAACUGUGGACACGGCGAGGACGCCAGUGCCAUCUGCUCAGAAACCAAAUUGGGUUUGGCUGUGAGCCUGGUGAAUGGAGGUGACAGGUGCCAGGGCCGGGUGGAGGUCCUGUACCAAGGCUCCUGGGGCACCGUGUGUGACGAUGACUGGGACACCAAUGAUGCCAAUGUGGUCUGCAGGCAGCUGGGUUGUGGCUGGGCCUUGUCGGCCCCAGGAAGUGCCCAUUUUGGUCAGAGCUCAAGGCCGAUUGUCCUGGAUAACGUGCGCUGCUCAGGAAACGAGACCCACCUGUGGAGCUGCCCCCACAAUGGCUGGAACUCCCACAACUGUGGAUACGGCGAGGACGCCAGUGCCAUCUGCUCAGGUGGGUCUCACAUAAUCUGUCCUCAGGACGUCUUCCUUCACGAGACACAGGGGAGUGACUUUUCCUGUCUCUUUCCAGAAACCAAAUUGGGUGUGGCCGUGAGGUUGGUGAAUGGAGGUGACAGGUGUCAGGGCCGGGUGGAGGUCCUGUACCAAGGCUCCUGGGGCACCGUGUGUGACGACGACUGGGACACAAAUGAUGCCAAUGUGGCCUGCGGGCAGCUGGGCUGUGGCUGGGCCUUGUCGGCCCCAGGAAGUGCCCGGUUUGGUCAGGGCUCAGGGCCGAUUGUCCUGGAUAACGUGCGCUGCUCAGGAAAUGAGACCCACCUGUGGAGCUGCCCCCACAAUGGCUGGAACUCCCACAACUGUGGACACGGCGAGGACGCCAGUGCCAUCUGCUCAGGUGGGUCUCACAUAAGCAGGGUUGCCCCAUCCCUGUGGUCACUGCCAAUGCGGGUCCGUCCUCCGGACGUCUUCCUUCACGAGACACAGGGGACUGACUUUUCCUGUCUCUUUCCAGAAACCAAAUCGGGUGUGGCUGUGAGGCUGGUGAAUGGAGGUGACAGGUGCCAGGGCCGGGUGGAGGUCCUGUACCAAGGCUCCUGGGGCACCGUGUGUGAUGAUGACUGGGACACCAAUGAUGCUAAUGUGGCCUGCAGGCAGCUGGGUUGUGGCUGGGCCUUGUCGGCCCCAGGAAGUGCCCGGUUUGGUCAGGGCUCAGGGCCCAUUGUCCUGGAUCAUGUGCGCUGCUCAGGAAAUGAGACCCACCUGUGGAGCUGCCCCCACAAUGGCUGGAACUCCCACAACUGUGGACACGGCGAGGACGCCAGUGCCAUCUGCUCAGAAGGAUUCUGAAUCUCAGUCCGUCCUCAGGACGUCUUCCUUCAGGAGACCCAGGGGAGUGACCUUUCCUGUCUCUUUCCAGAAACCAAAUCGAGUUUGGCCGUGAGGCUGGUGAAUGGAGGUGGUAGGUGCCAGGGCCGGGUGGAGGUCCUGUACCAAGGCUCCUGGGGCACCGUGUGUGACGACGACUGGGACAUCAGUGAUGCCAACGUGUUCUGUAGGCAGCUGGGCUGUGGCCCGGCCUUGUCGGCCCCAGGAAGUGCUCGGUUUGGCCAGGGCUCAGGGCCGAUUGUCCUGGAUAACGUGCGCUGCUCAGGAAACGAGACCUACCUGUGGAGCUGCCCCCACAAUGGCUGGAACUCCCACGACUGUGGACAUGGAGAGGACGCCAGUGCCAUCUGCUCAGCUGCUCGGCCCCAGUCCACACUCAUUCCAUACAUUUGGUACCAGGGGAGUGACUUUUCCUGUCUCUUUCCAGAAACCAAAUCAGAUUUGGCUUUGAGGCUGGUGAAUGGAGGUGACAGGUGCCAGGGCCGGGUGGAGGUCCUGUACCAAGGCUCCUGGGGCACCGUGUGUGACGAUGACUGGGACAUCAAUGAUGCCAAUGUGGUCUGCAGGCAGCUGGGCUGUGGCUGGGCCUUGUCGGCCCCAGGAAGUGCCCGGUUUGGUCAGGGCUCAGGGCCGAUUGUCCUGGAUAACAUGCGCUGCUCAGGAAACGAGAACUACCUGUGGAGCUGCCCCCACAAUGGCUGGAACUCCCACAACUGUGGACACGGCGCGGACGCCAGUGCCAUCUGCUCAGGUGGGUCUCACAUAACUUCCCCAUUCCCCAACCCCCUGCCAUCGUGUGUCCUCAAUGACUUUUCCUGUCUCUUUCCAGAAAUCAAAUCGGGUGUGGCCGUGAGGCUGGUGAAUGGAGGUGGUAGGUGCCAGGGCCUGGUGGAGGUCUUGUACCAAGGCUCCUGGGGCACCGUGUGUGACGACGACUGGGACACAAAUGAUGCCAACGUGGUCUGCAGGCAGCUGGACUGUGGCUGGGCCUUGUCGGCCCCAGGAAGUGCCCGGUUUGGUCAGGGCUCAGGGCCGAUUGUCCUGGAUGAUGUGCGCUGCUCAGGAAACGAGACCCACCUGUGGAGCUGCCCCCACAAUGGCUGGAACUCCCACAACUGUGGACACGGCGAGGACGCCAGUGUCAUCUGCUCAGAAACCAAAUCAGAUUUGGCUGUGAGGCUGGUGAAUGGAGGUGACAGGUGUCAGGGCCGGGUGGAGGUCCUGUACCAAGGUUCCUGGGGCACCGUGUGUGACGACGACUGGGACAUCAAUGCCGCCAACGUGGUCUGCAGACAGCUGGGCUGUGGACCGGCCAUGUCGGCCCGAGGAAGUGCAAGGUUCGGUCAGGGCUCAGGGCCGAUUGUCCUGGACAACGUGCGCUGUUCAGGGCAUGAGACCUACCUGUGGAGCUGCCCCCACAAUGGCUGGAACUCCCACAACUGUGGACACAGCGAGGAUGCCAGUGUCAUCUGCUCAGCUGCCCGGCCCCAGUCCACACUCAUUCCAGAUCUGUCUUUUAUGACAGCUGCUUCCUGUGGGAAGCCUCACAGGGACCCUGCCACCGUGUCAGUGCUUAACAUUCAAGUCCACGGGCCCUGGAGCAAUGUCUACAUCCUGGGUUAA